GGCAGCGGCCCCCGAGCGGGCUUGAGGGCUCGGACCCGGCUCCUUCCCGCGUUUCCUCGGGGCCGACGCGGCGCCGCGGGCCCGGCUCCUGCUCCCUCCCCGGCCGCUCGCCCGGGCAGACGCGGACGAGGCCCGCGCUGGCCGCCUUGUCGCACCCCCGGCUCGGCCCCGGACGGCCCGGCUGCUGUGCGGAGAGGAGGCCGAGUCGGUAGUGGAAAGAAAACACUGAAGAAUAGGAUCUCAAGAUGAGUAAAAAGCCCCCAAAUCGUCCUGGAAUCACUUUUGAGAUUGGUGCUCGUUUGGAGGCACUGGACUACUUACAGAAAUGGUAUCCAUCACGAAUUGAAAAAAUUGAUUAUGAAGAAGGGAAGAUGUUAGUCCAUUUUGAGCGUUGGAGUCAUCGUUAUGAUGAGUGGAUUUACUGGGAUAGCAACAGGUUGCGACCCCUUGAAAGACCUGCGCUUAGAAAAGAAGGACUAAAGGAUGAGGAAGAAUUCUUUGAUUUGAAAGCUGGAGAAGAAGUUCUAGCACGUUGGACAGACUGUCGCUAUUACCCUGCCAAGAUUGAAGCAAUUAACAAAGAAGGGACAUUCACAGUUCAGUUUUAUGAUGGAGUGAUCCGCUGUUUAAAGAGAAUGCACAUUAAAGCCAUGCCUGAGGAUGCUAAAGGGCAGUUUCUGUUCCAGGUGAAAUCCCAGCAUCCACUAAGCUGGUGUUGUCCUAUCGACCCAGCUGGAUCGUGUAACCAGUCUAUGGGAAGUGAGGACUGGAUUGCUUUAGUUAAAGCAGCUGCUGCAGCUGCAGCGAAGAGUAAAACAGUGACUAAACCUCGAACCAGUGCUAACAGCAAUAAAGAGAAAGAGAGAGACGUGGGAAGAUGGUUUAAAGUACCUUCAAAGAAGGUAGAAACUCCAGCUUGCAUAGCCACAGUAGAGACUGAGAAGGAGGAGGAGCUGCCCACAUCCAGUGAACCGUUUGUAGGACUUCACAUAGACAGCGUUCCAAAGAUCGUCUUUCCACAGCCAGAGAGCACAGUAACAAACAAGAGGAAAAAUAACCAAGGCAACUCAUUUCAGGCAAAGAGAGCCCGACUUAACAAGAUUACUGGUUUGUUGGCAUCCAAAGCUGUCGGGGUGGACGGUGCUGAAAACAAGGGAGACCACAGUGCGACAGCUCCAGUCCUGGAGCAGGCGAUUUCACCUAAACCUCAAAGUCAGAAAAAAAAUGAAGCUGUCAUUAGCAGUUCUGCCAACACUCAGAAACCUGCACUGUUAUCCUCAACUUUGUCUUCAGGGAAGGCUCGCAGCAAGAAAUGCAAACAUGAAUCGGGAGAGUCUUCUGGGUGUAUAAAAACCCCUAAGUCACCACUUGCCCCAGAAUUAAUACAAGCCAAGGACUUGACGCUUGUAUCUCAGCUUUCUUCCGUGAUAAAUAAAACUAGUCCUCCACAGCCUGUGAACCCCCCUAGACCUUGCAAGCAUAGUGAGCGGAGAAGAAGAUCCCAGCGGUUAGCCACCUUACCCAUGCCUGACGAUUCUCUAGAAAAACUUUGUUCUUCCUCUUCAGCCACUGAUGGGAAAGUGCUCUCCAUCAGUUCUCAGAGUCAGCCAGAGUCUUCAGGACCAGAGGCUCCUGCUGUUGCACGCAUGCCACUGCAGAAGCUGGGACCCUGUCUCCCUCUUGAUUUAAGUUGUGGUUCAGAAGACACAGCACCUGGAGCCCCAGACUCUUCCUCCCUUGGUGGUGAAUGUUCCAGGGAAGAAAAGGAGGAGACACAGUUGUUUGCAAAUCCCUCCCCCAAAGUAGUGAGUGAUGGAAAAGGAGCCACAGCAGCUGCUGGAAUAUCGAAAACAGAAAAAAAGGUGAAAUUGGAAGACAAAAGCUCCACUGCAUUUGGUAAAAGGAAAGAGAAGGAUAAGGAGAGAAGAGAGAAGAGAGACAAGGAUCACUACAAACCAAAGCAGAAGAAAAAGAAGAAGAAGAAAAAGAAAUCCAAACAGCAUGACUACUCAGAUUAUGAAGACAGUUCUCUAGACUUUUUGGAAAGGUGCUCUUCACCACUAACUCGAUCUUCUGGGAGUUCUCUGGCCCCACGAAGCACAUUCAUGGAGAAAACUACAGCCUAUCAGUACCCGAGGGCAAUUCUAUCCGUUGAUCUUAGUGGUGAAAACUUGUCAGAUGUGGAGUUUCUGGAUGACUCUUCCACAGAGAGCCUGCUGCUGAGUGGAGAUGAGUACAACCAAGACUUUGACCCCACAAAUUUUGAGGAGUCUCAGGAUGAAGAAGAUGCUAUGGAUGAGAUUGUGCGAUGCAUCUGUGAGAUGGAUGAGGAGAAUGGCUUCAUGAUCCAGUGUGAAGAGUGCCUGUGCUGGCAGCACAGUGUGUGCAUGGGGCUCCUGGAGGACAGCAUUCCGGAGCAGUACAUCUGCUACAUCUGUCGGGACCCUCCGGGUCAGAGGUGGAGUGCAAAAUAUCGUUAUGAUAAGGAGUGGUUGAAUAACGGACGGAUGUAUGGGUUGUCUUUUUUAAAAGACAAUUAUUCUCAUCUCAAUGCCAAAAAGAUAGUCUCCACACAUCAUCUGCUUGCUGAUGUCUGUGGUGUGGCUCAAGUCCUGCACGGGCUACAGCUGAAGAUUGGAAUACUGAAGAAUAAACAUCAUCCGGACCUUCAGCUCUGGGCUUGUUCUGGGAAGAGAAAAGACCAAGAUCAGAUAGUAGCUGGAGCAGAGAAAAAACUGACACCUCAAGACAUAGCUAACUCAGAGGGAAAGAAACACAUACAGAACCACAAAGACCCGCCCCCGACAGUGGAAGGAACUUAUAUAACCAGUGAACACAGCUAUCAGAAGCCACAAAGCUUUAGUCAGGGCUACCAGUCUCUCACAGAGCCUGGAAGCUCUGAUGAUGAUGAUGCUAGCAGCUUUGAAGAUGAUGGAGAACUUCACAUGGGACAUAAAAGCCAUUUUCUGUACUCAGCAAGAGAGCAUGGACUGUCAGAGAAGAAGAAUCCAGCUUCCGGGAACAAAGUGUUUGUUUAUAAUGAGAAAAAGGGCACAGAGGACCCAGGAGACUCACAUCUUCAGUGGCAGCUAAAUCUCCUUACACACAUAGAAAACGUGCAGAAUGAAGUCACCAGCAGGAUGGACCUCAUAGAAAAAGAAGUAGAUGUUCUAGAAAGCUGGCUUGAUUUCACAGGGGAAUUGGAGCCACCAGAUCCCCUUGCAAGACUGCCCCAACUUAAACGCCACAUAAAACAACUCUUACUUGACAUGGGCAAAGUACAACAAAUUGCAACUCUUUGCUCUGUAUAACAAUGGUAAACACUCAGUGACAAGAAUGAGUCUUUCUUCAGUUGAGACGUUUUUAUUGCUGAGUGGAUAGUCAAAAAGCUUAGUAAUAUUUGGUCCUUUACUGAUUUGUGACAUCAGUAGCAUGGCAUCUCGGAAGGAAAACGAAGAACAGCUUUAUCGAGGAAGCACUUAUUAAAAAUGAGUGAGCAAGCUGCAAAUGAUAACGUCAUCUAUGCCAAGAAUCAGUGCGUAGAAUGCAAACUAUACUAAAGGAAUAGAAUUGGCAGGAUUCUCAUAGUUGCUUUCAUGAAGCUCAAGAUACCUGUAGACAGAGAUACAGUGUGUUUAUAUAGAUUUGUAGACGAGAUACCCGUGUCUAUAAACCAGCAUUUGGCCAAAAUCACACUAUAAGGAAACUAUAAGGAAUUCUGGAGAGUUGUACACAUUUGCUCUAAGAAUUGCCUUCCCAGCAACUGAAUACAGCUGCAAAGAAACUUGGGUUAUUUAAACUUCUGUGGGAUCAUGAGCUGUUUCUUGGGUGAUGAAUGUAUUUAAUCAGAAAACUGACAAUGGAAGUCUCACUUUGGGGGAAACAAUUGUGGAAUUCUAACUUUAUUAUGAAUGUAUUUUAAGAAACCCACCAAAUAAUUGGAAUUUAUUGCGAGCAUUGUGCUCUUUAAAAACAAAGUGGCUUGCAGAAGGGCCCAGUGUGCCAAAUAUUGAAACUGCUGGAAAGAGGCUUUGAAUGUCACAGGAGCCCUUCCACCCGCCUUACGUACGCAAUGCCAGUCACCCACCCAGUCCUGCACACCAUGUGCAGUGUGUGCCCCGUGUAGGUGAGUGGUGGCCGUCAGCCUUCAGCAUACAGUUUGAUCCUGGAUACACUUGGUGUGUUUGCCUUUUGAAAAAAAAAAAACUAUAAACCUCAGCUGGGAUGAGGAGUGACAAAAAUAUCAAAGUAAUAACUGCUAGUAGUGGAAUACUGGAAAAGCUUCAUUCUGAAGAAAAAUUUUAUUUUAAAAGAUAAAUAUACACAAAAUUUUAGUUUUGAUCAUAAAUGGACAGAUUUAUGAAACCAAAGGCAACUAAGUUGCUUACUCAGCUCUUGCUGGAUUUUUGAGCCUCGGUCCUACUGUCUGCCAGUCCUGGUGCGAGUUGUGUGCACCCCCCAGUGCUACAUGCGCAGGUAUGUGUAAGUGAGUCUGCUUGUUUGAAUAGUCAACGUACAUAUGUACAUAAUCAACACAUAUUUAUAUCACACAUAUCUAGUUUUAUUACUAUAGACUAUACAAAUCGGUGGUUAACAUAAAAUGUUACCUUUUAAUAGACUGUUUUUAAAAACUAAAAAUGUAUGUACAGGUUUUGAAAUUUUUUUAAAAGAGAGAGAAAAGACUGUUAAAAGGAGGCUGUUUGAUGACAUUACACUUGAAUAUUUUUUUGCCUCACUCUGUUUAUCAGUUCUGGGAAUCUGUAUAAACUCAUUUAGAACUGAUAGACAGUGAACUUGAAUUUAUCUUUGAUAAGAAUUCAUGCCACUGUACAUUCAGAUAUUAUUUAAAUUUGCAAACACACUGUUCUAUAUGUAAGGUACUGUAUGUAUAACUCUAUUAAAAUAUUCCACAUAUCCUAAAAUUUCAGCUUGCCUUUUUGCGGCCUUAUGUUUUGAUGUGAAGUUUAAAAGAAUGUGCAAAACACUGAGAAAUUUUUAUUGCCUUUUGAGAUUUUCCAACUGAUAAAUGUGCCAAAGAUCACCAUACAUAAAGUAUAGCCCUCUGUAUUUGCUUGUGAUACCUAAACUUUGUCAAAGAUCCUACUGAUGAAUGCUUUAGCAGAAGUCAUUGUAGGUACUUGCUUAAAUUUGCAUAUUAAAGUGAAAAUUAGUGCCUAUAACCCAUGUGUGGAGUAAAUUUACUAAUGUCUAUGUUUCAAUACUGAUUUAUUGUUUAUUUGUGUUUAAAAUGGUGGCUUUACAGUUUUCUAUCAUGAAAACUUGGACAUUGAAUUUACAUCUUGUUUUCAGAAACAGAGCCAGUAAUGGUCCUUAUCCUGUGAUAGUGGUGUUGCCUUGAUUCUUGUCACAUAUGCAGAUGAGCACUGCAUUCAGUUAUGCUCAGCCUCCGGUGACCUUGGUUAAAGUAAUGCUUAGUGCUGUAAUACAGACUAAAUGUUCCUAACACAAAAGUCUGAAUGUUCAAGUGUGGAAUGCCAACUGGACUCCGUGAGACAAAAGUUCAACAUCUCAUCGCAUGUGACAGUAUCGCUGUCACAAUACAAGCUGACUAAAGAUGCAGUGUACAGUGUCUUCAAGUUAUGUGCUUAAAUUGUACAUGAAACAGUAGUAAAGUUCAUGUUUAGACUUUACUCUCAUGCCAAGAAUGUGUCAUGAUAAAGUGUAAAAAUCACAGUAGCCAAGAAAACACCAAAUCCAAAAUGUGUUCCUUCCCAAGAGUUUGCAGUAGUGAACACUAAACCUGCAUCUCAGGUUUCAAUCACUUUGUUAGCAGCCAGCAAAUUGAAUGCUUCAUUAACAGAAAAUGUUAAAUGUUCUGCUUGCUUAUUUGCCAAUGAGUGAGAAAGUUAACUCUUAAAUUUGGAUCUUUAAAGGAUGUAUCAGAUUAUGUGCAUACACCCAGUUACUAUGGAGCCUAAAACAAUGUGUGAGGCCUGUUAGCAGCUAUAGAGGGCAGAACUUUUCUUUGAGAGAAUUACUUUGGAGAAGCAGAUCGAUUUUGAUAAGUGUCAGGUAAGAUUUAUUUUUCCUUUUAUUCUUCAAAUCAUUAUAUUGGAAUGUGAGCGAUGAACUGGAGAGGGUGUUUCCUUCAAAACAAUAUUUCAUUGGCCAGACAGACAGAUGAGAACAAGCCUCGGUGGUGGGAUUCCUCCUCAUACUUGCUUGGCAAAUAAAUGUGUACUCCUUGUGGUCGUCUGUGACUCCACUGCCUGUUGAAGUAAUGCACUUUCUCCUCACAGGAACUUGUUAUUCUUAGAAUUUCAAGGAAAGCCCGUGUUCCUACAUUAUUUCAACUCCAUGUUCAUACUAAAAUGUGCAAACUUCACGUGUUCAAACUGAAGCAUACUUCUUCCUCCCUAAUAAACCGAAUCUACUGCCA